UUACUCCACCUCCGACGAGGGGAUUAGCAAUAAAAUCGGCCUUAGCAGGUCGGAAUUGGGGUAGUGUGGACGGAAUUUGACGUUAUUGGCCUCCGGGAGCUAUCCCACAGUGCUUCAUUGUGAUCGCUCUGGACAGCACUCUCAACUCAGAUGCACUGACCAGGUAGACAGGAAAAGCCCCGUGAACGUUUGAAUUUCCAUUUCCUGUUUGCCCACCGUGGAGAGCACAGGUGACCACGCAGAGCUCAUCAGCACAGGUAACCGUGAUGGAGUCCCAGGAUCGCAAAAGAGCUCCAGCAUGGACCGAAUGGGAGGUACGGGAUCUGCUCGCCAUAUGGGGAGAUGAAUCAGUGCUAGCUGAACUCCGUAGCAGUAAAUGAAAUGGCAAAAUAUUAGAAAAGGUCUCCAAGGCCAUGAAGGACAGACGCCAUAACAGGGACGCACAGCAGUGCCGCGUGAAAAUUAAGGAGCUAAGGCAAGCCUACCACAAAGCCAGACAGGCAAACGGAAGGUCUGGAGCAGAGCCACAAACAUGCCGCUUCUGCGCGGAGCUGCAUGCCAUCCUAGGGGGUGCAGCCACCAUUACCCUAACUGUGUGCUAUGACUCCGUCACUGGAGAAACACACAGGGAAGAGGGUUCAGGGUACGAGGAAGAGGAGGAUGAAGAUAAUGUAGAUAGCUCACAGCAGCAAGGAAGCAGAGAAACCGGUUUCCCCAACAGCCAGGAUAUGUUUAUCACCCUGGACCAGGAACCAGUAACCCCCGAACUCACUGAAGGCGUGCUCCCAGACCCUGAGGGUAUACAGGGGACCUCUGCUGCAAAUGUUUCUACUUCACAGAGGCUAGUGAAGAUUAGAAGGAGAAAACGGAGGACUCGGGGUGACAUGUUCACAGAGCUCCAGAUGUCCUCCCACGCUGAAAGAGCACAGCAGAAUGCGUGGAGGCAGUCAAUGUCAGACUACAGAAAAGCACAGUAUGAACGAGAGGACAGGUGGCGGGCUGAAUCGCGGGAUGAACAGAGCAAGUGGUGGGCUGAAGAUGAUAGGUGGCAUCAGCUUGCAGACAGAAGGCAAGAGUCGAUGCUCCGGCUGCUGGAGCAUCAAACUGAUAUUCUCCAGCGUAUGGUUGAGCUGCAGGAAAGGCAGCAGGAGCAGAGACCGCCGCUACAGCCCCCGUGUAACCAACAGCCCUCCUCCCCAAGUUCCAUAGCCUCCUCACCCAGAUGCCCAAGAACACAGUGGGGGGGCCUCCGGCCAUCCAGUCACUCCACCCCAGAUGAUUGCCUGAGCAUCAGAAGGCUGGCCUUCAAUAAGAGUUAAAGUUUUAAACUGCAGUGUGUCCUUUUCCUUCCCUCCUCCCCCACCCACCCCGGGCUACAUUGGCAAU